CCCAAACCCUGUGUCAAAGCGGUUUGUGUGGCUAAUAUCAAACAUAAAAGAUAAAAAUUCCCAACGUCAUUUAUUACUUUUACAUUCAGUCAAAAUUAAUCCAACAAAAACACAAAUACUCGACUGCCCAAUAAUGUGCAACAAUUUAAGUACACACACAUAACUUAUCAAAAUACAAUGGCACUAAGUCGUAUGUGUAGAAUUUCCGAUUUAUGUUCCUCAAGGUAUCCAGUGCUGCUGAGACCACAAAGAUGCGACGCAAAAUUCGCCAAACAAACGAGACAAUUCAGAAAGGGCAGAAAUCAAGAGUAUGAAAAAAUCAAUGAGAACCCAGAUAGUGUAGCGACUCCAUUUACAGUCCUCACUGAAGCCAGGAAUUUGACGUUCGCCCACCUGUGGAAACCCUUCCUGUUUACCGUUGGGUUCACAUCCUUUUCUUUGGUGGGAGCCGCAAUAUGGGAGUACGAAAACAUGAGAUCGCACGCACAAACCAUGCUCAAAAGACCCAUCAGGCAUUUCAAAGCGAAACUAGAACAGGUAUUUACUGUUCAACAAGGUGGCACCACCAUGUCAGGAAAAGUGAAAAAAUGGUGGAACUCGUUGAGUCCAGGAGAACGGGUGUUCGUACCGAUUUGUGCCAUAAAUUUGUUGGUGUUCGCCGCCUGGCGCGUGCCUAGAUUGCAGCCAAUCAUGCUGAAAUACUUCUGUUCAAAUCCUGGCAGUUCGAGUGUUGUUUUGCCAAUGGUUUUAUCUACUUUUAGUCACUACUCGCUCUUCCAUUUAUUAGCCAACAUGUAUGUGCUGCACAGCUUCAGCACAGGUGCUGUUCACAGUUUAGGGCAGGAACAGUUCCUAGCUUUGUACCUGGGUGCUGGAGUCAUAUCCAGUUUUACAAGUUAUGUGUACAAAGUUAUUGUUAAAAAACCAGGUCUAUCCUUAGGAGCAUCAGGGGCAAUAAUGGGGAUACUAGGAUAUGUAUGCACACAGUAUCCUGACACUAGACUAGGAAUAAUCUUGAUACCAUUCUUCACUUUCUCAGCGGGAGCGGCGAUAAAAUUCAUAGUUGGUUUAGAUACGGCUGGUGUCUUAAUGGGUUGGAAAUUUUUCGAUCAUGCAGCACAUUUAGGUGGAGCCGCCACAGGAAUAUUAUAUGCACUUUAUGGAAACAAAUACAUCUGGCAGAAACGCGAGCCAAUUUUGCAGUACUGGCACGAUAUACGCGGCUCCAUUAAGUGAUAUUCGUAACGUUUAUAUCGUAUUUGUACAUAUGGACCUUGAGAGAAUUAUUUAUAAUAUGAUGUAAUUUAUACUGUAUUAAAAAAUAAUUCAAA